UUGGAUUCGCUUUGUUGAUUCUUUUGCUGAUUGAAAAAGGGAAUUUUUGAUGUUCAAUUGCUUCUGCUUUGGGUGUUUACUCGUCAAAGUUGGUCAAUGCUUACAAUAUGUUUGACGAAAUGUCUUAGAAAAGAUGGUCCAGCUUAGAUGACCCAAAAUUGUCGGAAUAAAUCAAAUUUGAAAUGGGGUUUGGUUAAAAGUUGUAAAUUUAAUGCCAGGAACAUGUGGAGUUUUCUGAAUUCAUUCUGGUGUUAAAAGAGCAAUUUUGCGUGCUGUCUCCAAUUGAGGUCUGCAAGCUCUUGCUGGCAAUCAGUCCAACCAACUGAUUGCCACAUAGCUUAUGUGUCCCCAAAGUACAUUGAAUCCAAGUAGAGCCCUAAAGGGUGUGCAUGGAGUGCAUUUGGUGCCUCAUUCACCAUUUGCAUUGGAAGAGAGAAACCAAGAUGGGGACACCCAUCAGCCAACUUGUCGAAAUUUCACUUUCGGAGCUAAUCAGCGUCUAAUAGUGCAGAGAGUAUGGGAGCAAAGGCCUCCAUGUCUGAGGCCCAUCCGAUGUUGUAUGAAUGGUGAUAAGAACAUUGCAGAAACGAUUGCUAAUGUGAUCACCUCACUUCCUUUUAUUGCUCUUGGAAUUCAUGCCCCAAGGAAGAAUCUGAACUGUAAGCUCUAUGCUAAUUCAUUAAUUGGAGUUGGAGUUGCCUCGAGUGUGUACCAUGCUUCAAGAGGAAAAGUGAGGAAGUAUCUGAGAUGGGUCGACUAUACUAUGAUAGCUACAGCAACAGUGUGUCUGUCAAGAGCACUGAGGAAUGAAAAUUCAAAGUUUCUGAUGGCAGCAUCUGCUUUGUUCCUCCCAAUCCAGCCUCUCAUGGUUUCAGCUGUUCACACUGGGAUGAUGGAGGUAGCCUUUGCAAAAAGAGCAUUGCAAGAUCCAGAUCUGAGAAUGGUGCACAACAUGCACAAGAUGUCAUCCCUUUUAGGAGGCGCGCUUUUCAUCGCCGAUGAUGUCUUCCCCGAAACUCCAUUCCUUCAUGCCGCUUGGCAUCUUGCUGCAGCCGUAGGCAUCGGUACUUGUAACAAGCUUCUUGCCUAGCGUAUGUAGAUACUCAAAACCCAUUCUAUAUAAAAAAUUUAUCCGAAGAGCAUUCAUUGAGGCCAAGAUGGCUGUGAUCUGUGAGCUUUCUUGCGCUGGAUACAGGUUAAGAAGAAACAUAGGUCAUUGCAGAUCGGCUUCUAGUAGUUUAGUGGUUCAAACCGGUAUUUUAAUUCUCUUAAUCAUUUUCUACUUCAAAUGAAGUAAUUAGAUGUUUCUUAGGUUGUUAAAUAUGGCUGUGCAAUUCAGUUGGAGAAUGGAAUAUGUACUGUAAAAUAGUGGCAACAUUCGUUGCUUUUGUAAUAGGUUGAGCAAUAACAAACAAAUUAUGGCCACCUUUGUUUGGCUCCA